GUGGCUAUAUCACAUAAAUCAAGAAAAGCUUUCAGGUGUUGUGGCUCGGCUUCUGAAGCUGAGUGGACUACAAAAGAGACCACAUCAUUGGGUUUGACAAGCCAACUUAUUCCAAAUUCAUCUGAGGAUAUUAUAGAGGGGUGGAGAGAGUUUUGGUAAAAGGUUUGCUAAUGGCAUUGGAGGGUGUUGAGGUGUCUGACCUGCAAUUUGCAGAUGAAACUUCCAUUUUUUGUCUAAUGAUAGACUGGAUUUGGGCAAUGUGUUUUAUGUGCUCAGAGUGUUUGAGUCACAGGUGUCUUGAACGCAGAUAAAUAUGUCCUAGGCAUCGGAGCCGAGGAUCAAUAUGCCUUGGAGAGUAAGGGUUUGUCAUUUGCUUGUGUAAGAAGAUGCUGAAUUUUGUUUCCUUUCCUUUCCUGUGUUUGGAAGUUUCUUUUUUAUUGAAAGACGUAUUGGUUAAAUUUCAUCUGCAGAUUGAAUCUUUGGUCACUGAAAUAUGCAAUACAACUUCAAUAGCCGAGUUUGAAUUGAAACUUGGUGGGUUUCGGCUAUAUGUGAUGAGGGAUUUAACUGAGAAAAAUGAACCUACAUCUCAACCCCUGCCUCCUCCUCCUCUUGCUGUCACUGUGAAAACUACUACUGAUUCAUCUGAUCUCAAUGGGUCAGCUUCUACAUCUUUAGCCAUCUCCAAACAAGAGCCUUCUUUUUGGGGGAUUAAAUCAUUUCUUGAUAGAGCUGCUGAUGAAGGUUUAAUGAUACUGCAGUCUCCAAGGGUGGGGUUUUUCCGGAGAUCUCGAACUAUAAAGGGAAAACGUGCUCCCCCAUCAUGUAAAGAGAAGCAAAUAAUAAAGGAGGGUCAAGUGCUAUGCUACAUUGAACAACUUGGUGGUGAACUCCCAAUUGAGUCUGAUAUAUCUGGUGAGGUCAUCAAAAUACUACGCGAGGAUGGUGACAGAACCUGUAGGAUAUGGAGAUGCACUGAUUGCAAUUCUCCCGUCAUUUCCUGGGAUAAAGAAGCUUCAGUAGAUGAGUUGGUUCAUCUCUCCUUGCAGUUUCGGUGGUAAUGGCAUGUAAACGAGUCAUUUUAUGCUAAAUCAUCCUUAGUGGUGGAUAUGUGCAUUCAAACUUAGGAUCGUGGUUCAAUGCACAUUAUCCAAAUUUUAACAUUGCUCCGGAGAAGUAAUUGAACAGGAAUAAAAUGGAGUUUUCUCUUUGACUAGGGUAGUCCAAAAUCUUCCUUCGAUGUCAAAAUACUGUGAACAAGAACCAUGGGUUUAUAGAUAUCUCUGCAGUUUUGGCCUCAUUUGACGUUCUCAUCUUUAGUUGUUUUGACUAGAUGAGAAAUAGGACCGCGGAGUCCUCUUUGUAACUGUUUGCUACAUCCUAAGCUUAGAUUUAGUUUCAUUGCAAGCCCAAGUACUAUUCCAAUUACAUUACAAUUAGAUGUUUUGGAUUUUUUUUUUU